AUGUCUAGCAGAGACUCAAACGAGGCGCACAUGAAACAGAAGCGUGCCAGGUCGCAACUGAGUUGUACAGCCUGCCGCCAUGGGAAACUUCGCUGCAACCGUGCCGCGCCAUGCGACCAAUGUAUCAAGCGAAGCAAAGAGUCAGCAUGUUCCUACUUGCCUCCAGCAGCCAAAGCAAGAGCCCCACAGGAUGUCAAGGGCCGUAUUCAGCAUCUUGAACAGCUAGUGGUUGAUCUGAUGAAUUCGAGGUCGUCAGAUGGUACCGGCACUACAACCAAUAGCUCGUCUGAAGCAGAGAAGGCUCAAAACAGGGUAACACCACCAUACAGUGAGGAUAAUUCGCCAGCUAGGCAACAUCUGUCAGAGGCACACGUAGAAUCUUUGGGACAUCUACGGAUCAGUAAGGAGGGCACAAGCUAUGUCGGAUCAUCUCACUGGGCGACAAUUUUGGACAGUAUCUCUGAGAUAAAACGAGACCUGGAAGACUCCGGUGAUGAGACUUUCGACAACGAAUACGAUGCGUGGCGCAAUGAAGAGCCACUCGAUGUGUACGAUGAAGAGCUGCCAGGACUUUUGCGUUCCCCUCGCCGAGUCACGAAAGCCGAGCUGCUAUCAUUCGUACCACCUAAGGCUGAAGCAGAUGCUCUUGUGUCGCUAUGGUUUAGAUCCUAUCAUCCGUACAGACCCAUCAUCCACGCCCCUCAAUUCCAGAACGAAUACCGGCAGUUCUGGCGAUCGCAAACGAGCGCGCCAGUCAUGUGGCUGGGCGUUCUGUUUGGAAUGUUCGGGAUGUCAAGCUUAUUCAAGAUCCGUGCUCUGAGGAUUCCAGAUACACCAGAUAUUCGAGCUACCAUAAAGAAAGCAGAUCUCUAUCAGGAGCUGGCAGCAUCAGCGGCUGUACUGGGUAACUACAUGAAGCCGAAAGCUUACACCAUAGAAUGCUUGUUACUACAUUCAGGAGCCAACAGGAUGAUCAACUACACUGACAUCUGGGUCUUGAUGGGCAUCCUCCUUAGGUUGGCUUUAUACAUGGGAUACCACCGAGACCCAAGUCACUACAGUAACGUGUCAGUGCUCGAUGGGGAGAUGCGACGAAGGGUGUGGCACCUGCUAUACAUGUUCGAUACUUUAUUGUCGUUUCAACUGGGGUUACCUGCUAUGACACGUAUAGUGCAGAGCGACACGAGGCCUCCGCACAAUCUCUACGAUCAAGAUUUCUCCAUACACAGUAAAACUUUACCGCCCCCGAGGCCGAUCGAACAGCUCACCCCCUCGGCUUACGGAGCCUGCAAAACCAGCUUGUGUCAAAUAUUUGCUUUGGCAGCGGACAUGUCACAUGCACCAGUAUCACCUUCAUACGCCGAAGUCAUGGAACUGGAUGCGAAACUGGAGGCAGCGAAGGCUUCCAUACCACCGGAAUUACGAUUCCAAGAUCUGGGAUCGUUUCUUAUAGAAGAUCAGGAGUCGUUGAUGUGUCGCUUUAGUCUUGACCUGCUCUGCCUCAAAGCGAAGACAACAAUUUACUGGGCGUCUCGCCCUGGCGGACAACUCGAAAGCGUCUCUUGGUACUUUUGCUCUAUCGGCACGUAUGACUUCUUGCUCGCAAGUAUGAUCAUAUGCCUCGAAUUAGCACGCCAACUCAACAAACAACCCGACCCAGAAACGGAUAAGGUUGCGACACGUGAAGAUAUGAUAGCGGCACUCGAAGCGUCGAAGAAAAUAUGGGAGGAAGCGGGCAAAGAAGAAUGUUUUUCCGAGCCUGCGUUCGGCACGGGCAGGUAUGACCAGAUCAUCGACAACACUGCCGUGACAGAAAUCAGAAAGGCAUGCAAAGCCAUGACGGUCAUGCUGGAGAAGGUCAGAAAGGAUCAGGCCACGAACAACCUACCCACGACCAUGUCUGAGGAGUCGAUGAGAGUGCCUGUUGCCUUUUCUGAAAAGAACGAUUGGCCUGCGACAGACCAUUGGAUCUCCCAAAACGACUUCUCAUCUCUAGACAAUAUCAUGGACGUGUCCAACGAUAUUGAUUGGGUAUGUGAAUAA